CAGCAAUUGCUUUCACACAGUCAUCUCAUAUAUGAAUUAUCCCAAAACCGUAGACUAAAACCUAAAGCAUGGUAAACAAUAGUGGACACCACCAUAUCCUUAAGCUUAAACAGAAACCAUCUGAGAGUCUACCUUUUAGUGGUAAGGCCAUUAUAGAUUAGAAAGCCUGCCUCAGAAGUGGACUCCCCACCAUAAUCGUUAAUUCUCAUGUGAUGUGGGCGCUUCAGUUUCACACUCCCCACACUCUCCGAUCAUCAUCAUAUUCAGUCUGCACAGCUCGCACUUCUUCAAAGCCACCCAUCUGCUCUCUCACCUUAAACCCUUCAAACCCCACAAAACCUGAAACAAACUGCAACCACUUGAUACAGUCUUUAUGUAAACAAGGCAGUCUCAAGCAAGCUCUUGAGGUUCUCUCCCACGAGCCUAACCCAACCCAACACACCUACGAGGUUUUAAUCCUCUCUUGUUCCCGCCAAAGCUCACUCUCCGAUGGCCUUGAUGUCCAUCGCCACCUUGUCGAUGCUGGGUUUGAUCAGGACCCUUUCUUGGCUACUAAACUGAUUAAUAUGUACUCAGAAUUGGACGCCAUUGAUAAUGCGCGGAAGGUGUUUGAUGAAACUCGUAAGAGAACGAUAUAUGUUUGGAAUGCGCUGUUUAGAGCGCUUACGUUGGCGGGUCAUGGCCAGGAGGUUUUAGAUUUGUAUCGCCGGAUGAAUCAGAUUGGAAUUCCGUCUGAUAGGUUCACGUAUACGUAUGUGCUCAAGGCUUGUGUUGCUUCAGAGAGUUUGAUUUCGCUACUCCAUACGGGGAAGGAGGUUCAUGCCCAUAUUUUGCGACAUGGGUAUGAAUCGCUUGUUCAUAUUACGACUACUUUGGUGGAUAUGUAUGCAAGGUUUGGGAGUGUUUCAUAUGCUAGUUAUGUGUUUGAUGAAAUGCCGGUGAGAAAUGUGGUUUCAUGGAGUGCUAUGAUUGCAUGUUAUGUGAAGAAUGGGAGGGCCUUUGAAGCUUUGGAACUAUUCCGUGAAAUGAUUCUUGAGACCCAGGAUUCAAUUCCAAAUUCAGUGACAAUGGUUAGUGUGCUUCAAGCUUGUGCAGCUCUUGCUGCUUUAGAGCAAGGGAAGCUUAUUCAUGGUUAUAUUCUUAGAAGGGGCCUUGACUCGAUCCUGCCAGUGAUUAGUGCCCUUUUGACAAUGUAUGCAAGGUGUGGUAAGCUUGAAUUGGGGCAACGGGUUUUUGAUCAGAUGGAAAAGAGGGAUGUUGUUUCGUGGAAUUCCUUGAUUUCAAGUUAUGGGAUUCAUGGAUGUGGAAGGAGAGCAAUUAAGAUUUUUGAAGAAAUGAUCUACCAUGGAGUCUCACCGAGUCACGUAUCAUUUGUUAGUGUUUUGGGAGCAUGCAGUCAUGCCGGGCUUGUUGAGGAGGGGAAGAUGUUGUUUGAAUCUAUGGCUAAACAACAUAGGAUAUAUCCUAGUGUGGAGCAUUAUGCUUGCAUGGUCGACAUUCUUGGUCGUGCCAAUCAAUUAGAUGCAGCAGCCAAAAUUAUUGAAGAGAUGCGGAUUGAACCAGGACCUGAGGUGUGGGGCUCUCUUCUAGGCUCAUGUAGAAUUCACUGCAAUGUGGAGCUUGCAGAAAGAGCAAGUAGAAGGCUAUUUGAGCUUGAGCCUAUGAAUGCUGGGAAUUAUGUACUCUUAGCUGAUAUUUAUGCUGAAGCUAGUAUGUGGGAUGAGGUGAAAAGAGUGAAGAAGCUUUUAGAAGCCCGUGGACUUCAAAAGAUCCCAGGUCGAAGUUGGAUAGAAGUUAAAAGGCAUGUCUACACGUUUGCAUCUGUUGAUGAAUUUAACCCACAAAUUGAACAACUCCAUGCUUUGUUGGUUAAAUUGUCAACAGAGAUGAAGGAGCAGGGCUAUGUGCCACAAACUAAAGCUGUUCUCUAUGAUCUUGAUGUAGAAGAGAAGGAACGAAUUGUAUUAGGCCAUAGUGAAAAGCUAGCUGUUGCAUUUGGACUCAUCAAUACAAGUAAAGGGGAAACCAUUCGGAUUUCCAAAAACUUAAGGUUAUGUGAAGAUUGUCAUUCUGUCACCAAGUUCAUUUCUAAGUUCACGGAUAGAGAGAUUCUGGUUCGAGAUGUGAAUCGUUUCCACCACUUCAAAGAUGGGAUUUGUUCAUGUGGGGAUUAUUGGUAGUUGUAUGCAAAAUGUUGUUUUAGUUUAUUUUAUUUUUCCCAAUAAUCGGAGGUGAGAAUUGUCAUCAGAGAUUGAGAGAGUCCUCAGAUGUAUACUUACAAUACCAAAUUUGUUUGACGUUUUUAUACAGUUCUUUUACAAGCCUCUUUCAUAAA